UAAACAAAUAUUAGAGAAGGUGCUUGGACGAGAAUCUGUUCGUCUAUUUGGUUGGGGACGGUCUCCCACUGGGUCCAAAAGAAGCAAAGGUGAUUCAAAUAUUCCAACUUAUACUCAAUUGAUGGAUCGUGUUGGAGAACUUUCAGGCACUGUUGAAAUGAUGAAAAAGUUGUUGAUUGAGAAGAAUAUUAUGCCUCCCAUGUCACAUGUUCCUUCAGAUCAUUGUUCAGUACCGCUUAAUCGUGGGUCAUCCUCUAUUGAUCGAGGCCAGCAUGUUGACGGUUAUGAGGACUCCACUUCUGAAUAUGAUAAUAUUGUUUAGAAGCAAAAUUCAUAUUAGACUUAAUACUUUGUAGUGUGGCAGCAGCUAGUUAAUGUUUUAUUUUGUUUGGCAAUUUUUGAUUAGCUAAUACUUUGCUGAAAUUGAAUAUUUUAGUUUGAACUAUGACAUUUAUCGUUAUAAUAUAUUAUCCAUUCCCGUGUUCCUAUUAGGCUAUUACAAAA